AUGGGCGUUCAGAAUCCUGCGUCAAGCGGUUCCGCCAGCCCGGAACCCCGCGGGGAGGAAAAAACUGAAGAAGCAGAGCAAGCUCGGAAUGAUACGCUUUCCAUCACAGGUACGUCCCUCCUCAGCCGUGAACGAUGGCGGGGAGCUGCUCGCACCGUUCGGGAUCAGUCGAGUCGCCUAGCGGAAAUUCUGAGUCGGCCAAUGGGCGAGCACGAAGCUGGACUGGGCUCUUCCCUUAUUGACCCUGAGAAGCUGGGUUCAACCGAUGACGACGCAUUGGCUGCUAUUUUUCGAAAGGAUGGAACCGAGCAGUCAAACAUUGCUCAGUACCAGCAAGCCGUGCGCGCCGAGGCCGAACGGCUGAUGCAGGGCAUGAAGGGCUUACCGACUUCUAAUGAACCGGUGGCCGGAAAACCGGCGGACGAUGUCGAGGCAUCUGCACAUACGCCAGCGCCGUCCUCUUUACCAGGAGGCGUGCUCGGAGCCCUGCUGCAGCUGCAGUCGAAUGCAGCGCAGCAUUCGCGAACAACGAGCUUGUACUCGGCACCCGAGUCGGAGACGGAGUCCCAGGCUACUCUUGUCACGCCUGGUAUCACUCCGGUGUCGACAUCAUCAACGACGACGCCUCCGAAUCGGCCAAAGAUAAAGCCAAGGCAUUGGUACAAAAAGUCGGAUCACACUGCGACAGCGUCUCUGGUGCGAGCUUCCAUGAGCAUGGGCCAUAUCGCCUCGUCCAACGCCUGGGCGAAGGCAGACGUGCCGCCGGUCGAGCUCCAGACUGGUGACAAGAAGAAAAAGAAGAAGAACGACAAAGUUAGCAAGGAAGUCAAGCUGACGAUUCAUAUCGCGGAAAUCAUCUUCCGUCAGCGUUAUAUCAUGCAGCUCUGUCGCGCAUUCAUGCGUUACGGAGCUCCGACCCACCGUCUGGAGGAGUACAUGCAGAUGACGGCGCGAGUUUUGGACAUUAAUGCGCAGUUCAUGUACCUUCCUGGCUGCAUGAUAAUGUCAUUUGACGACCCGGUCACUCGUACCGCAGAGGUUAAACUCGUUCGCGUUCCCCAAGGGCUGGACCUCGGGCGGCUAGAGGCAGUUCACCAUUGUUAUAAACGAGUCACUCACGAUAUGGUGGACAUUCAAACCGCGAUUGCAGAGUUGACAGAGCUGAUGGACCGCAAGCCACGGUAUAACAAGUGGCUUGUGAUUCUUCUCUACGGACUGGGUUCUGCAGCUGUAGGCCCGUUUUCCUUUUCCGCGCGACCCAUCGACAUGCCCAUAAUCUUCUUCCUUGGCUGCUGCGUUGGUUUCAUGCAGCAUAUUCUUGCACCCCGUUCAGCACUCUAUGCAAACGUUUUCGAAGUCAGCGCAGCUAUCGUCGUCUCGUUCCUCGCCCGCGCGUUCGGAAGUAUACGAUUGCCCGGCCGCACCGAUCCUGUCUUCUGCUACGCCUCGAUCACUCAAUCUUCCAUUGCGCUCAUUCUCCCUGGUUUCUCCGUGUUAACUAGCAGUCUUGAACUACAAUCGCACCAGAUGAUUGCCGGUUCAAUUCGACUCGUUUACACGAUCAUCUACUCCCUCUUUCUCGGCUACGGUGUGACUGUAGGCACGACAAUCUACGGCGCCAUCGAUUCCAACGCCACCAGCGACACCACCUGCGCGCGCCAGUCCGUCUGGGGUAGCGCCUACACACAGCACUUCCCUUUUGUCGCCGUCUACUCUCUAAUUGCUGCUCUAAUCAACCAAGCCAAAUUCCGCCAAUUACCAGUCAUGGUUUUCAUCGGCACAACCGGGUACGUCACCAACUAUUUCAGUACACAAAGACUGGGCUCCUCCUCCCAGGUUGCCAAUACCGUUGGUGCCUUUACGAUCGGUCUUUUGGCGAAUUUAUACAGUCGCCUAUGGCACGGUAACGCAGUAAGCUCAACGAUUCCGGGUAUCUUCACUCUGGUGCCUUCCGGGUUGGCGUCGUCAGGGUCGAUCCUAUCGGCGAUUGAGUACUCGGAUGCAGUGCGAAAUGGGACGGCGGAUACGUCCGGUGGUACCAAUGGUAGUUCGUUGACGAGUUUGGGUUAUGGGAAAGAAGAGGAGUGGAUUGUUCUCUUUAUAGAAAAGUCAGGGGCGUCGGAUGGCAUGCCGGCAACUCGGGUUCAAUGGUUUUGUUGCGGCCAGGCUGGCCAUUGGACAGAAGAUGGUUCAGAGCGGCCCGAACGGUGUUGCAACGAGCAAGUUCUGUUCAAGCUUAGGGGACAAGGAGCCCCUAUCUCCAUGCGCUUGGUCGCUAUGGCCUGGAUCUUGGUUGUCGGCCAUGCCCUCAACCUAGUUCUAAAUAAGGUUUCUGCAACAUCAGUGUACAGCUUCGGAAAUUGCGGCCUCGAAGCUUAG